CCUGUUCGCUUGGCGUCUAUGACAUCAUUCAUCAAAUAUAACGAACAUUCCUUGUUGUUGAAUGUUCCUUGAAUUUGUCAUCUAAAGGAACUCCUAUUUCAAUUUUAAGCUUCUUUAAAGAAAAUGAAUGCUUUUCUUGGUUGUGUUACUCGAUGGAUGUUGGCCACGUUUUGGCUUUUUGGAGCACUGCAGCAAUCUGAAUCAGCGAUCGUGUGUCAAGACAAACCUGACGAUCCUAAAAUCGUGGUGCUAGGAGUCAACAGCAAUGCAGUGUCUCUCAACUGGAAAACUUGCGGCGCUAAUGCUGGCGAAACUAUUACCGACUUUGCUUUCUUCAGACAGAGACCUGGUAGUCUUGCAAGAGAACAAAUAGCAUCACGUCGCGCCACUGAAGGAGGCUUUACUAUGAUAGCGCCCUUCCAAGAUAAGAAAAAGUAUGACGCCCAUUUCAAAUUAACUGAUGUGCAGACUGUGCAAUACAAUGGUGUUUUCAAGAAGUCGAGAACUGAGUGA